GUUUACUAAAAGACAGCCCAUUGCUUUUUUCUUUUUUUUUUUUUCUUUUUUUCUUUUUUUUCAGAGAUGUCAACUGUAGAUGAAAAUGCAAAUUGUAUAUUUUAGGUUGCGUAAAGAGUCACAUGACCAGAGCCUUUGUCUUAAAAAAGAAUUUAUUUUUAUUUGUUUGCUUGCUUGCUUUCUUGCUUAUUUAAUAAAAAGGACCAGCAAUUUACAUCGAGCUAUCACAAAGAGUAAAACUGAUCCCUAAUUAUAAUAACGUGGGCUACACAAAUGUGCAUGUAGUAAUUAGGACAAAAUUAUGUUUAUGCUGUUGUUUACUAAAAGACAGCCCAUGUGCGCGCGCCCCACCCACGGUCUUCAGCGGGCUAUUUAAAGCGUGUAGACAUCAGCAGAAGCAUUGAGACCAUCAAUGCAACAUUACAGAUCAUGCUGGAUUUAUCUCCGGACUGGAUUAUUCAACACGUUCAAUAUAUUUGAAAUCAGCUCAAGUUAUAUAAUCAAAUGAAGUAGCAAGACUUAAAGUUAUCUAAUCAACCGAGGACUUAUUCUUUAGUAUUAUUUUUAAAGAAUAAGUUAUUAAAUAUGAUUCCAGUGCAGCUGAUCUCAACUUUGAUAGUCGCGUGUGGCUGCAGUGUGCUCGCGGACGCAAUGCAAGCUAACUUCACCCUGGAUAAUGACAUUCAGUCCAGCUUCAUCCAGCGGCGGCUGAAGAGCCAGGAGCGCAAAGAGAUGCAGCGGGAGAUCCUCUCCAUCCUCGGGCUGCCGCACCGGCCCCGUCCGCUUCUGUACGAGAGACACGCAGCUCCCAUGUACAUGCUGGAUUUGUAUAACGCCAUCCUGGAGGACGGGGAUCAGCGCAGCGGGUUUGUGUACUCUUAUGAACCGGCGUACACGACCCCGGGACCUCCGAUGAUGACCCAACAGGACAGUCGCUUUCUCAGCGAUGCCGACAUGGUGAUGAGCUUUGUAAAUCUGGUGGAUCCAGAUGAAGACCUUCAUUUGUAUCAUCAGCACCGUAGAGAGUUCCGCUUUGACCUCUCCCGCAUCCCGGUGGGAGAAACCGUGACUGCUGCAGAGUUCCGUAUCUACAAGGACUUUGUGCACGAGAGUUAUGAAAAUGAGACAUUCCAUGUCAGUGUGUUCCAGGUGCUUCGACAGCAGCCCAAAAGGGAGCUGUACCUGCUGGACUCACGAGUGGUAUGGGCGGCAGAAGAGGGAUGGCUGGUAUUUGACCUCACGGUCACCAGUAACCACUGGGUCAUAAACCCUGGUCAGAACUUGGGACUUCAGCUUUCUCUGGAAACCGCACAUGGUGAAAGAAUGAACCCAAGGAGAGCAGGUCUGGUGGGCAGCAGUGGACCUCAGAAUAAGCAGCCAUUUAUGGUAGCGUUUUUGAAAGCAUCAGGAAUCCACCUCCGAAGUGUACGCUCAGCAUCAGGAAACAAACAGAGGGGUCACCACCGUUCUAAAAACCCCAAACCUGGUGUUGCACCCAGCCAGGUGGCUUUAAAGACAGCCGAGGCCACAGACGGUGCUAGUGUAGACCCCAAACAAGGCUGCAAGAAGCAUGAACUCUAUGUCAGCUUCAGAGAUCUGGGAUGGCAGGACUGGAUCAUUGCUCCAGAGGGUUACGCUGCAUACUACUGUGAAGGAGAAUGUGUGUUUCCUUUGAACUCUUAUAUGAACGCUACAAACCAUGCUAUUGUACAGACACUGGUCCAUUUCAUAAACCCAGAAACAGUCCCAAAGCCCUGCUGUGCUCCAACUCAGCUGCACGGUAUUUCCGUUUUGUACUUCGAUGACAGUUCCAAUGUAAUAUUGAAAAAGUACCGCAACAUGGUCGUCAGAGCCUGCGGAUGCCACUAAUCACUACUUCUGCCCUUGGGAUUCAUAAAGGAUGGAAAAAAUAUGGGAUGCAAAUACUGAUUAUUUUGACAAUCAAGUGCCCAGGGAGGAAAGAGACUCAUUACUGGAGCAAAACUGGACUUUUCUGUUAGAAGAGAAUACACUCAAAGCAUACAUUUUCAUGUAAAACUCAAAACUCCUGGAAUUGUAUGAGGUUGACCACAGCUGAGUCAAGUGUGUGGCGUUCUGGCUUUCAUUUCUAUAUAGAAAGCCAAGUUUGGAGUAUCAAAGAGGACAUGAUCAGAUACAGAGAGAGAGAAAAAAAACUGGCCUCAGAGAUUUAACCAGACUGAUCAGGGAAGAUGCAAUUGAUUUAAGCACGUUGCUCUAUAGAGAUUUAAUUACAAAACCACUUGUACACACUAUAGCAUGAUUUCUGUAUAUAAUUUCUGGAUGUAAAUCCUGCCAUGACUAACCUUAUCAAAACGCCUGAGACCACUAGUGAAAAUGCUUUUAUUUUGGUGAAAUGAAAAUGAUUUUAUUUUUUAAUAUUUUUCCUUUAAAAAUUAUAUUAUAAGCAUAACAAUGUGAGUAAAAUGAAAAACAAAUAUGAAUUUGAGAAUGAUUUAGUACUUGGUAUGUCCCCCUUCCAGCAAUAGAGCAUCUUGUGUGCUUCAGUGGGAGAAUUCAUAAUCUUUAAUAUUUAUUUAAAAUUUUUACCUCAAAAUUUGGUUAUUUCCAGGUUUAAAUGAGAUGUUAAAUCACAGAAAUUCCAUGUGGUCACAGACUUUAAGACCCCACUGUAUUUCAGCACAAGAUCUGUUGACCGUUACAAUGAGUCGAAGCAUUGUUUUCACUCUUCACAAAAUUGCACUAUUUCAGGACAUUCAAGAAACCCUUUCACAUAUGUUUAGCACUCGAUUAAACAGGACUGCAGAAAAUAUGAAAUUCAGUUUUGUCUUGGAGUCACUUUGGUUCCGUCACAUACAUGAAAGAACACAUGUUUUCUCUCAGCAGUUAUCAGUCAAUAAAAAGACAUAUGCCUGGAUUUGGCCUUUCA